UUAGGAGAAAUGGCUGAGUGUGCGUCGUCUCCCAUUCUCGACGCUUUGUCUUUCCCUGAGUGUGAAAUCUUGUCUUCGAGAGACCCAGACCGCUCCAGGAAUAUCACGUGUUCUCUUUGCGAUUUGGGGUUUGGUUUUCCUGAAGAGAAAGAUAUUCUCUUUGCUCACCUUGUUGCUACUCACUAUCUAGUCAUUGGCGAGGUUAGUCAAAUUCAUGACGUCCCAGAAUAUUUAUCUUAUUGGAAACGGCGAUUCAAAGAAGCGCCAAUGACAGAUUUUGCUUCAGUUAUCAGAACCAACACAAACCCGAACGAUGGCGCUCCUCAGGAAGACUUCUUCUUCCUCUGCGAUGCACUGCCAGAGGACAAAGUUUUGAGGGAGCGUCUCAAGCGUCGUCGAUUAGAGUUCUUACUGGACAUGCAACAAAAAGAGCGUCAGGACAGAAACUUUCUCCAGGAAUGUAUCUUUUGUAGUAAACAGUGUACAAGGAAGGAUGAGCUUUUUUCUCAUAUGGUUGAUGCUCAUGCUUUCAGGAUUGGUAAACCGGACAGUAUAGUUAAUGUACAUCGUUUUAUGGAAGUCUUAAAGAGUAAACUAGAUGACAACAGAUGCCUUUGCUGUGAAAAGCAGUUUCGGGAUCGAGUAACCCUGAAGGAGCACAUGAGAAAGAAACAACAUAGAAAACUCAAUCCUAAGAAUAAGGAAUACGACUGUUUUUAUUUGAUCAAUUACGUGGAACUAGGACGUGGUUGGGAGUCUUUGAGGGAGAGUUAUUCAGAUGAGGAAGAGCAAGGUGAUUGGCAAUAUUCUAGUGGGGGCAGUGAAGCAGCUCUAGAUACAGAAGAGGAAGAGAGUUGGGCUGAUUGGGUCGAUGAUGAUGCUCCUCUGUCUUGUUUUUGUCUGUUUUGUCCAGAAAGCUCAGUGUCUUCAGACGCCACAUUUCAGCACAUGGUAUCAGCCCAUUCAUUUGACUUUCAUUGUGUUGCUAAGAGACACAAAAUGGACUUCUACCAGAAAGUGAAAUGCAUCAACUACAUUCGACGCUGUGUGUACAGGAAUCUAUGUGUAAGGUGUGGUACACAAUGUGAUGGCCAAGAACAGUUGAUAAAUCACAUGCAGUCAUCUGAACACUUUGCAUUACCAAUCGACUCAAGUUUAUGGGAUCAGACAAGUCACUUGUUUCCAACCUAUGAAAAUGACAUGCUGUUGUCUGCCCUCAGUGACGAUGAAGAUGAAGAUGAAGAUAAAGAAAGAGUUCACGAGAUGUGAAGUAGCAGUGAGUGGACAAAUAUAUCAAGACCAUAGGCACAUCAUAUUUUCUGACUGUACUGUUGAAGGUGAAUAAAGUUACUGUUGUGAUGAUACCUUAUAUAAUUGUCGAUGAUUGUUUGUUAAGUUCAUUGGCUUCCUUCUAGCAGUCUGAAAAUAGUUUGUUGUGUUUCCAAUGCAAUUGUUAUAGAAAGAAGAA